CAGCUGAUGUAGCCAAAUUGUCAACAGUCAGGCUAAACGCCUCAGAUACCUGCGCUGCUGACACGUCCAUUUCAACGACAAAAACAAGAAGAGAAGAGUCGCAAAGACGUCAUCAGUGAGACUUGACUACACUCCUGAAGGCAGCUCAAGUGAGUGAUAUCCCAGAAUUACCUGUCUCCACUCCAGGGAGGAGGCCCAGCCCCCCUGCUGUCUCCUACGCAGGUCAGUAUGAGCUCCAGAGGGAGUGGUGGCCGCUCCAACGGCACACUACCACAGACCAAGAUCUGCCAGUUCAAGUUGGUGCUGCUGGGUGACAUGGCCGUGGGCAAGUCCAGCCUGGUGCUGCGUUUCGUCAAGGGACAAUUUGAUGAGUUUCAAGAGACAACCAUUGGAGCUGCAUUCCUGGCCCAGUCAGUGUGUCUAGAUGACACUACAGUGAAGUUUGAGAUCUGGGACACUGCAGGACAAGAGCGAUAUCAUAGUCUGGCUCCCAUGUACUACCGUGGGGCUCAGGCUGCUAUCGUGGUCUUUGACAUCACUAAACCGGAGACUUUUGAGAGAGCCAAGGCCUGGGUGAAGGAGCUGCAGAGGCAGGCCAGUCCUAACAUUGUUAUAGCUCUGGCUGGGAAUAAGGCUGACCUGGCAGAGAAGAGACUAGUGGAGUAUGAGGAAGCCCAGACGUAUGCUGAAGACACCGGUUUGCUGUUUAUGGAGACCUCUGCAAAGACAGCCAUGAACGUCAAUGAGCUCUUCCUGGCUAUUGCAAAAAAGAUGCCAAAAACAGACACCCAAAACCCUACACAUGCAGCACGACACCGGGGAGUUAACCUCCAGGACCCAGAUGCCCACUCAAACCGAGCCUGCUGUGGUGGGAACUAGACCUGGACAACCCCCCCCCCCGCCUCCUCCCACCACCAAGACCACCACCACCACGAUCACCAGUAUUCCACCAUCAACACCACCACAGCCCUUCAACCAUCCUGUCUCCUUCAACCAACUUACAGUGGGUGGGCUUGAUGUGGGGAAACCCAGUAUCCACUCUCCACCUCACCCUCCAUUCAGCCUCCUGUUUGAGCAGACGGAAAUACGGCGACGGGAACCCGGUGACGGGAACCUGGCGACGGGAACCCAAAGGAAAGAAUAAGAGGAAGGAAAGAGCAGACAGAGAUGGAGGAGAGAGCGAGAGAGCGAUGUGAUGUUUCACAUCUACGUCUUGUGACCACGAACUGAGAUUCUGCAUUUGGAAAUCACAAGGAGAGGUAUAGUGAAGAAGACUGAGUCAGUGGGAGAAGGCAAAUAAAGAAUGUGGAGGACAGUGGCAAGUCUUUUUUUUUUCUAGUAUUUAGCACUAAUUGUGAAUUUUCUUUUUGUCAGUUCUGCCUUGCAUCAUUUUAGUCACAGUCAUUUGAUUGCGUAACCUUGUACAAUAAUGAGCAGCACAUGUUGGUGAGUGGCCAAGAAAGGAAGGAAGGGAGGGGGGAAAAAAAAAAAGGGCCAAUACGCAAAAAAUAAAGAAGCCAAAUGUU